UGCGGAAACGGAAAUGCCAUAGCUUCACUCUCCACUGGCACAGUCGCCAUCUGCUUUUCAAACCAAUAAUGUAGCAAAGACAAAAACCUUAAUUGUUUUCUGUGCCCUCUAUUGGAAUACGAUUAUGCUAGCACUGGUCACUCUUUAAACGCCAAAUGUCAAAUUAGAUUUUGUGUGAUUUCUUAUUUGUUGGUUGUGUAUUUGUUGUUUAUUUCCGUAUCACGUUGAAGGUGUUUCUAUUUCCUCUUGUCAAAUGUAGUCAAACAAUUUUGCGUUCGAAGUGAGUUGUAUCGGUGUCGGUAGAAAGUAAAAACAAACAAAGUGCUAUCUAUAAAUGUCGAAUCCAACGAAUCUGCCUUCGAUACCACCCCCUCCUCCGCCGGUGAUGGCUAAUUUCACACCCAACCGGCACAAAAAUUUCUUCCCAACUCAUGCCACGGGCUGUGGCAUCGACGAAUGCAGCUGGGCAGAUGCCUGGCCAGAAUUACAAAAGGCCUGUUUUCUGUGCAAGGUUUGCACCUACGCACCACCCAAAGCCUGCCGAUAUAACAACAUCCCGAGCAUUCUCCAAAAGGGACCAACCUGCGGAUUGGCCGCAUUAAGUAUGCUCCUAAAUGGUAAUCCAACUGCGGAGGAACUUCUCAAAAAAGCCAAACAACUUAACUACACCAAUAACGGUGAGAUGUUUAGUGCCAAAAAUCUAUUUAAAUUGAUUUGUGAUACAUUGACCGACCGAGAUAACGACGGAUCGAAGACGACGACGGUGACGACCGCGACGGUGGCAGGUGGAAGCGAAAUGCCCCAAUUCGAUUGUCAAAUGUACGAAGGUCAACUAAAUUGUGCCAAGGUCAGAGAUUGUUUACUCAAUGGUGCGUGCAUUUUCAUUGCAUAUGAUCCGGACUUUAAUAAUUUACCAUGCUUAAAAUACGGCCAUAAAGCUCAUUGGGCUUUAAUUAUAGGAUACUUAAUUGAUGAAAGGGAUGAGUUCUAUGUUAUUGCACGUCAUGGAAAAUCAAAGAAUCUAGCUGUGUGGUCGCUGAAGUCAUUGAGUGCUAGUAAUUCUAAUUUGGAAGAAUUUUCCCAACCAAUUGGUUAUCCAAAUUGUGAAUUUCUUCUACCCAAAGAUGGUAUUGGCGGAGAAUUAGGAUUGAAAAAUCAAGCGAUUAUUGUAAGCGGAUGGAAUAAGGAAACGUUUAUUGUCAGAUAACGUUUAAGAGUUGAUUAAUUGUGAAACAUCGACAAAAUUAGAUAAAUUAAAUUAUUAACGAAACCAAACAAAAAUAAAAUUGAA